AUGAGAAUGGAUUCUACCGCCAAGUGUUCAGUCGAAGAGAGUCUUCCGAAAAGCUGCUCAGGCAAAAAUCCGUUUCGAACAUCCUUCGUUAGCGAAAGGUUAAAGAUCGAAAUUUGCGUCGAGGGAAGUUAUGACACCGUCCCAUGGACCAAGAGUCGAGACAAGCAAGAGCACUCGGAAAGAAUGUGGCUGGCCUGGACUUACGAUGAUAGCGAGAAUGUCGAGGACGAAGAGUCAGUCGGAGGAUCGGUCCGGAAACCGAACGGCAGAGACAACUACGUGCUCAAAUGUGAACGUGAAUCGAGAAGAGGAUGGUUUGAGCUGCCCAGCAAUGUCAACGGAUUCAACGCUGGACCUCUUCUGGAUAAGUGA